UAGCGGAAGGUGUGCUGCUGCACCGCUCCCUGUCUCUAGCUUGUCAUGGCCUCCUUGUUGUACCGACUUCGUUAUUUGACAGUGGCCAGUAUUCGCUUGACCCCAGUUCGUGGGAAGAAGCGCUGGUUACGCCCGUAUCUUCGGGCGUUGGAGGUUCAAAGGGAGCUGGAUGGACCUCCAAAGCCUGUACCAAGAUCACAGCAGCCGAACUUUGACUAUCAUGCAGAGAUUGUGGCAUUUUCACAGCGCCUACAUGAGAACUUUUCAGUACAAUUGCUGAAGACUGCAUUUGUGAACAGCUCAUAUGUAGCGCAGGAGGAAAGCCGACGUAGGGAAUUGGGAUUGGAUAAGGAAAUUGCUGCUUUAAAUUUACAGGAUAACCAGGAGCUCUCUAAACAAGGCUCUGACUUCACAGUCUCAUUCCUCCAGACAACCUUGAAGCAAGGUUUCCCCAAACUACCUGCAGCUGGCAUCUCGGCUCUGAUUGGCUACCUCACUAGUCAGAAUGUUCUUUGCCAUGUAGCACAAAAUCUUGCAGUGGAAGAUCUGACACUCAGUUCUGAAUGCCCCCUAUCUCCUGACACCAUACAGAAAACAUUCUAUGCAGUUAUUGGAGCUCUGCUUGAAAGCAGUGACCCUGAGAGGACUAGUUUGUUUAUAAGGGAUUUUCUGAUUACACAACUUAUUGGGAAGGACUUAUUUGACAUUUGGACCGUCGCAGAUCCCAUGUCAUUGCUGGUGGAAGAAUUGUCCAAGAGAGAUGUGUCCCUGCCAGAGCCAAGACUAACUAGACAGUCUGGAGCUAGCACUGUGCUACCUUUAUACUUUGUGGGCUUGUACUGUGAUAAAAAGCUGAUAGCAGAGGGUCCUGGGGAAUCGGUCAGUGCUGCAGAAGAAGAGGCUGCCCGUGUGGCUCUAAGAAAGCUGUACGGAUUCACAGAGAACAGGCGACCGUGGGAUUACUCUGUCCCCAGGCAAGAACCAGGAGUGAGGAAAGCCAGCAUCAGCAGCAGAUGAUCUUCCUUUGAUAAUACUUCUUUGCCAGAGCAAGAUGUCAAAGAAGUUAAUGCUUUGUCAAAACAGACUUGUUGAUUCAUCUGAGCUACGAAUCAUUUCAUUAAUAAAACAUGGACUGUAUAUUGCAGAGCUUUUCUUCUUCUUACAAUUGUUCAGUUAAGCUGGAGUUCAUUUGUGCAAUUUCUGUUUUUUAUAGAGAUUGUGAAAGAAAUUCAUAUAUAAUAAAAUGAUGCAUAGUAAAAUGUCAAAA